GAAGCCAUUAUGGGUCCUGAAAAGCACACACUUUCCUUACAUUUGGAGGCUCCAAAGGUUCAAUGGAGGAUGGGCAAGCCCCCAAAUUAUGAAGCUGCUAACAAGCUCUUUGAACAUGGAAGAACAAAGGUUUGGCCGAAAGGAUCUCUCGAAGAAACCGUGCAGAAUAUCGUAAAAUCAAUGCACGCUGAGUUAGCUUACAUGACAAGAUCACAAGAUUUCAAGACCAUAAACCCUAAAAAAUUCGUAGUUUAUAUCAACGGAAGAGAGGGGCUCUCAGGUGAAGAAGCAGUGAGGCUUGGAAGCUUCAAUGCAAUGCUGAAGAGCUCUCUACCAGAGGAAUUCCAUUACUUCAAAGCAAAGGAAGAGACAUUUGAAUCAACUUAUAAUGACUUUAAGACAUGUUUUCCAAGAGGGUUUGCAUGGGAACUUCUCCAGGUUUAUUCUCCUCCUCCUUUGAUUGCCUACAAGUUUAGGCAUUGGGGUUUCUUUGAAGGGCCCUAUAAAGCUCAUUCCCCUACUCUAGAAAUGCUCGAGUUCUUCGGCAUGGGAACUCUCAAGGUAGAUUCAUCAUGGAAGGUUGAAGAAGUUCAUGUGUUCUUUGAUCCAGCUGAGCUAUUUGGAAGUCUUUUGAAAGGCAAAAAAACAGCUUCAGAAUCCAAAACAGCUGAUUCAUCUGCCUCUGCCUGUCCACUCUUCAAUCAACCAAAGUAGCUCCACAAACACAAACACAAACACAAACCCAACAGAAGUUGGUCCGAAAUAAAAUGUGUUAUGUUAUGUUAUAGUGUUUUUGGAUUCAGUUCUUACGUUGUUAUGUUUGUUAAUUGUACCCUUUUUCUGUCGGUUCUUAUUACAUAUCAAUGAUAAUAAGUUGUUCUUGGUAUCA